GCACUGAAACGUGAAGUAAACGCGCAUGUAAACAUGACAGUCGAGAUCAACAGAAAUCAACAGAUAGAACAGACGAGAUAGAACAAUUGCCAGAGGAAAAUUCACUGUUUAUCGACUCUCUGAGGUCGACCUUAGAAAAAAUCCAAUGCCGCUCGGCAGCAAACCGAAAUGCGUCAGGUGCGGGACAUAUGAGACUCCUCUAUGGCACUCGACUGACGCUGGAAAUUUGUGCAACGCUUGUUUAGAGGACGAACGAAAUGCCGAAGCGAGCGCGUCUUCUAAGACGGACGAGGAGGAUAAGAGCGGCUCGCUGAAGCCUAGGAGGAGCACGCGGAUCACAAGAUAUUGCAACACAAAAGUGACAGGGUCGCACAGAAUUGUGCCCAAGGGUAAAGGUCGCAGGAACCUGUUUAAGAAAACGCCAGUCAAGGCACCUACAGCUACUGCAACUCCAGUCACCAGCAACUUUGUAUUUUACAAGGGCACUUAUUUUCAAGUCGGAGAUGUAGUUUCCCUACAAGAUAUAGAUGGUGGUACUUAUUAUGCUCAGAUACGUGGUUUAUUGACAGACCAAUAUUGUGAAAAGAGCGCUGCCAUUACAUGGUUAUUACCUACCACAGCAAGUCCUCCACCAGAAGAAGGUUUCAUUCCUGAGACAUAUUUAAUUGGACCAGAAGAAGAUUUACCUCGUAAAUUAGAGUGCAUGGAAUUUGUAAUGCACGCUCCAUCGGAUUAUUUUAAAUUAAAGAACAGCCCCUAUCCACCUUCUCUCACAGAGAAGGGAGCAGGCUUUAUAUGGACGACUCUUAGAAAUGAAUUGGCCAUAUCUAAAAAGUAA